CGUCGAGCUGCUCGUCGCCCUCGUAACGAAAACGCGAAAGAGCGACCACGAUGCGCCGGGCAGGGGCGGGGCGACGUCUGGUCGCCCUCGCCUGACGGUCCGCGAUGCCGCGAGUGCCGCCCCAAAACGGGAAUUGAGACGGUGAUUUGGAGGUUUGGGCCCGUCGUUUACAUCCAGCCCUCGCCCCCGACUCAGACGAUAUGGACACAGUAUGGCCUCAGAUAACCGGCACACCUCAAAGGGAAGAGUCGUACUGUCGAUUAUUUGUCUCCAAGCCAUCUUUAUCCAGUUUAUUAUUGGUUGUCAUCAGACAUUCGUGAGUCGGCCUGGAGGUCCUAUGAACGGCACUUUCGCAGGUCCCGAGUUCUCGAACCCCCGCGCCCUCACCAUCAGCUGCGUCUACACGUUCCUCGGGGGUCCGGGCCAACGCGUCCAGAUCACGUUCGAUUCGUUUCGGUUGAGGGGCACACCGCCAGAUGGAGCCGCAGUCGGGGAUAUCCCUACAUGCGUGCACGAGUACAUGGACAUCUACUCGGAGGUAACGCAGCCGGAAGUGAGCGAGUUGGUCAACUCGCCCUUCGGCGGGCGCUUCUGCGGUCCUAUCACACCCCGCACCAGGUUGUCGCUGUAUCGCGCUCUCGCCUUCUCCUUCCAUUCGGACAAAAAUUCUUCCAUGCCGGAACUGUUUGCUGGCCGGUACGCCUUUAUCAACGACUCUGAAUUCGAAGUGGGUGCUUUAACGGGCGCUGGACCAUGCAACUUCUUGGUAAAAGGAGCCGCAAAACAUACAGGCAGUAUAGUGUCUCCAACGUAUCCUGGAGCCUACCCCAAAAACCUGUUCUGCUCCUAUCAGUUCCUAGGUGCCCCCGGCGAACGCAUACGGCUUGAAUUUCGGGAUUUCGAUUUGUUUUACGGAGGUCAACACUGUCCAUUUGACUAUGUGAGGAUAUACGACGGCUCCGACAAUUCGUCUGCCAUUAUCGGUACUUACUGCGGCCAGCAACGUAACUUGGUGAUCUACUCGUCGGAGUCGACGCUCUACGUCACUUUUGUCACUUUAAGACGCACUGCCAAUACUCAGAAUAGGGGUUUUAAAGGGAUCUUUGAGUUUUCUAACUCUUUUACUAAAUUAGAUUUUAUAAGUAAAAACGACGGUGAGCACAUACGGGGAACCGAGUGCGAUCAAAGGAUUUUUAGCAAAAAAGAAUCCAAUGGGUUCGUUUAUAGUCCGAACUAUCCAUUUCCAUAUAUGCCUAAAUUGGUCUGUAGAUACUUCAUCUACGGAAUGCAAAAUGCUCAAUAUUUAGAAAGGGUGCGAUUAGAAUUUUUGAUGUUUGAAAUUCCCAAGGGAAGUAAAGGAGAUUGCUCCGAUGGCUACCUCAAAAUAUACCUAAAAGGUCAAGAAGUAAUAGACGCUUACGAUAAAUUCGAUCACGAAUUAUGCGGCGAAGAAGCCCAACCUACAAGCAUGGUAUCAGACGGGCCUAGAUUGUUAAUGGUGUUCAGUUCGGGUGAAUUGAUGGGCCGAGGAUUUAAGGCAAACUAUACGUUUGAGACUGAAUAUCGAAUCCCAGGUACAGCAGCACCCGACGGCUCGUGUUCGUUUACAUACCGAAGUACGUCGAGGAAAAAGGGCGAGUUUAACUCGCCUCGUUAUCCCACCAAUUAUCCGAGUUUCACGAACUGCACGUACCACUUCCUGGCAACGGAUAACGAGCAAGUCACUCUGGUCUUUGACAAUUUUAAAAUUAGAGCAGAUAAUAUUAAUAGUUCUAUUGGCUCCUAUGGAGUUGGAAUAUGUCAAGAAGACUGGCUAGAAAUAUACAACGUCUACAGAGAUGGUAGCGAAACAAUAAUAGGAAGGUACUGCCACGUGUCUGCACCGGGACCUAUCGAAUCUAAUCGCGGUGCCGUCGGCCUCAAAGCUAUUCUUCAUUCGAAUGAAGUACACGUAGCCAGCGGGUUCAAGGCCAGGUACAGCUUUGAGGUGGCCAAGUCGAUUUUUGGAGACUGUGGAGCUAACGUUAGUAGCUCUGACAGCGGACAAAUCCUAAGCCCGAACUUUCCGAAAAAUUACGACGCGCCGAAACUAAAUCAGGCAUCGAAAAGUUGUAACUGGUACAUUAGCGUCAGACCUCAGCACAGGAUUUUAAUCAUUUUCGAUAAGUUCGCUAUCGAAGGGGAACCGAGCGGACGCGGAUGUCCCGCGGCCGUUUUAAGAAUUUGGACUGACAUCGCGUCUCCUGGAAAAGAACUUUGCGGAGAAAAGGCUGUAGGUGAAAAAUGGGAGUAUAUAUCCGCAUCGAAUCAAAUGCGAUUGAGUUUCAUCACAGCGGAUAAGGCGGUUGGUUAUUCGGGUUUUAAAGCCUAUUGGACGGAAGUUUUGGACGGUCCGUCCUGUGACGAGUUUCAAUGCGAAAAAGCUCUUUUCUGUAUACCGUUUCACUUAAAAUGCAACAACAUUCCUAAUUGUGGGACGGAAGAUGACUCUGACGAAAGAAAUUGUUUUCCUUCUGAAGAGCCUCAGACGCCCUUUCGAUUGUCCUGGGUGGCUAUUAUGGGCGCCGUUUUGUUAGCCAUGAUUUGCUUCUGCGUCAUCUGCCAUAAAAAGCGACGGCGACGCAAAGAAAGGGAGAGGGCGAUGCGUCGCAGCAUCCACAUACCGGUAGCCAUUCCAGGAACUUCCAGACAACAGGUGCCCCAUUUCUGCGACGAGCUCGGCGAACGUUUCGCCUCAGUCGACAGUGUCUGAUGACGGCUGUUGCCGUCGACGGCGAAACGUUGGCUCUUCAGGUGCCUAUCCGAGGCUACCAGACCUUACUUCCAUUUGCCGAACACGACCGAAUGGUUUGAUCGAAAGAGUACGAGUGUGCGGAGAGCAGUGUUUUAAAAAGGGUAGUUGUCGUUGUUAAAAAAAUAAAUAUACAUAUAUUGAAUAACCUCGGUUCGGGCAUUUUCGGAUAAUAUUGUGCUCUAUAAAUUGAUAUUGCUGCAUGUUGUUUGUUUGAAAAACUAAGUUUUUGAGAGAGAUGUAUAAACAACUGUUGCCUGUUUGGGUGGUCUUUGAUAAUAAUUAUCCUUCCUCGCAAUAUACUUACCUAUAUAGCAAAAUAUGCCAGUAAUAUCAAAAUAUUGAGGCAAUCAACAGAGGACAGUAGGUAUAAACGACAGUACCAAAAAAUACAGGGUGUUUGAAAAUGUUUUGUUUCUUGGACAAUAGUUAUAUCUACAUUUAAAAAAUUUGAAAAUUCUUUUAUAAUUUUCAGCACAACAAAAAUUAUCCAAUAGUAGGACAAUCAAAAAAAUACCCUGUACUUUACUGUCGAUUAUCAACAAACUUUAACCUAAGAUUUAUACAGACACCAUUUAAACAACUUUUAUAUACGCUAACCGUAAUUUUAUAAUAAAAUAGAACUUAACUAGUGACAGCGGGAGACUAAAAAAAAUAAACUCUUAAAAGCACCAGUGCUACAAAUCCUAUAGUGUUUUGUUAACCGAUAAACAGUGAUGCUAAACUUUACGGAAAAUAAGAAAAAUGUUUUUUAAAUCGAGGUACAUAUAUAAAACAAGAUAUAAUUUUUUACGUUUAAAAUUCACUCGAAAAAUGCAAUAAUAGAUAGAAUUGCACUUAUCCGCACAAUAUAACAUGCCCCUGUAUUUGUCGACCGUUUUGAGUUGGUGGGUAGAAAAUAGGAAUAUUUAUUUCAUUACUUUGAUUAUUCAUAUUACUGCCAACCAGCGCAUAGCAAAAUUUGGGGGGGUGCUUUAAUAAAUAAUAUAAAAUAUUUUAUUUCGACAACGAAUGGAUAAAUCUUCCUAAGUGCGCGUAAGUUUAAAAUAAAAAGACAUUCAAAUUAUUAUUAAUAAAUAAUACGGAAACAAAUUCUACUGCCGUGUUAAGAGAACUUUGCUUAAAGUAGUGUUUCGUGUACUUAAAAAUGAAAUUAAAUAAAUAAACGGAAGACUCUGUCCGAUGUGUUGUUAUUUAUAUUAAUAUUAAUAAAAAAUUAUUAUUAUUAUUAUGAUUAUUAUUAUAAAAUGACUGAAAUUAUUUCUUUUUGUGUAAUUGAUUGAUUGAUUGAAUUACAAUAAAAUGGGAGUCGAUGGGUUGGAAGUUUGUUGAAAUUAAUUAAGGAUGAAUUUAAUUGACAAAACAACACCUGUCAAUAUUGAAAUAUGUAGGUAUUCUCAAUAAUCCAAAGUACACUACAGCUAAGAGUAAAGUAACUUUACGAUGAAUAUGAUAGCUAUAAGGUGGAAAAUAUUGAAAAAUAACUUGUAUGUAUGUAUAUGUUGGAGGUGUCAGUUGCAAAAAGAAGAUUUAUAAAAUUGUCAUUGCUACAAGUAGUGAAAAUCCUUCAGAGAAUAUUUUUUGAGAAACUCGUAUUCAGUGACAAGACAAGCGUGUACCUACUUUUGCUAUUUAUGGAAAACUUAACACCAGUACAGUAAUUUUUCAGGUUUAGCUUGAAGAGAAAACCAAAAUUUGUCUAAAUAUUAUCUCAACUACUGCAAGUUUCAACAAAAUCCACACCCAUUGUCUCAUCAAUUAUUUGAACUAUUAGCUAUGUGUUUUGUCUGUAAGUAGUAAAAUAACUAAGAUAUUUUAUAUUUGUCAUAAAAACUAAAAGCAUGAAGGUAUUUUCGUCAUCAAUUCUCAUCUCCCCUAUUAGUUAUUGGUAAUUGUUUAUUACAUUAUUGAAACUAGGCGCCGAAACACCAAAUAUAUGUAACUUAUAAUAGCCCAUAAUAUGUAUUAUCAUUAGUACAGUGAAUAUCUUGCUACAAUUUUUAGUAGCUUGAAAUUUACUGUAUGAUUUUUAUUAAUAAAAAUAAUGUGUACCUACUUUUUUUUUGCAGCAAUUAUAUAAUAAUUUUUGAAUACAAAUUAUGUAAAUAUCGAUAUUGUAUUUUUCUUAGUUUAUAUUGAAAUAAAGUUAGUGGAUUUAUACGAUGAUUAUGCUGCAAGUUCCUUAUGUUAUAACAGCAUAUUAUAUUUAUGUAAAUUAUCCUUCAUGCCGAUUUAUUUUUUUAAUUAAUUUUAAUUUCUGAAACUCAAAUUAAGUAUGUUAAUAGAGAUAAAAAAAAUAUAUUGAAUAAAACUAAUAAAUGUAAAAGUGUCUGUGCUAAAAAAAAAAAUUAAAUAGAAAAAACACAGCGAUUGAUAAUUAAAAUUUGUUUAAAUGUUUAUAUUGUUUGUAAACUCAAAAGUCCAUAAAAAUUUCUAGUUAAAUAUAAGAAAUUUUUUUUAAAGACAAAACACCAAGUAAAUAGAUCUAAUAUUUUAAAAUUAAUGAAGAAAAACUAAGAAAAAAAAAAAAUGUAAGUCUUCCCGACAAUUGUUGUGUUUUAUUCUUUAUAGGUACUAAAAAAAAAAAUUGUCUUUUAAGUUAAAGUAGUGAGAAAUUUGUUUAUUCUUAUUGUGAAAAUAAGAUUUUGAUUGGAGUUGGCCUAAAACAGUAUUAUUCAGGCUCAAAAUUUACACUAUUUGAAAAUAAAACACUUCGAGUGCCAAAUUUAUAUUAGUCAAGCCAAUCAAAAUCAUUUGAAAAUAGUGUGCCACGAUUUUGUUAAAUGUUUCAAUAAAAAAAAAAAAACACUAAAUAAAACAGGGUACUUUUAUGAAGAAAAACGCAAGUGAAUAAUCAUAAUACAGUAAUCAAUGUGUCAAAUUUUCCCAAAAAAUUAUCCCAGAAUUUCGAAAAAAAAAUUACCAUGUACUACUAAAAUUAUUAAUGUCCUUGGCUGUAUUUUGUGCAAUGAUUUUGUUUGGGAGAAAAUGGUUUUUGUAUGUUGAGUUUGUUGUCAAGGCUCAGACAUUAUUACUGACACAAUUUGUUUUUUUUACUUUAAAAUAUUAAUGUUUAGGGAUUUCUUGAAGGAAUCUAUUUUAUUAUUUUCAGGAUAAUUACUUUUUGAAAUGAGUUGAAGAAAACUUGGAAUAUACAUUAUUAAAGUUUUAAUUUCAAGUUAACAUUAUAUAUCUUCUCAACUUCUUUAGCUUUGACAACAAACAAUAAAUAUACUUAAUACCAAAUCAAUUAUUAUUAAAUUGUAGCAAAAUUGCACCCUAUAUAAAUUAAAUUAAAUUUAAAAAAAAAAAUGGCUCCAAAAAGGCUUCACAUUGUUAUUUAGAUUAAACGUUUAUAGGAUUGUUUUUAAAACCUAUAUUAUUCCGACGAUUAUGGUGAUUUUUCGGUAAUUUAAAAUGUAUUUGUAAAAAUAACAAUGCCAUUUUUUUGAGAGAAAAAAAUUAAUGAUUGAGGUUUUUUGCUUUUAAUAAUUGAGUUAGUUGUCAGAUUUGGGUCAAAUUUACCCCUUCAAAAUAAAACCCUUAAGUUUUUAAACUUUGACUUAUCUUCCUCUCUAAUUUUCAGUAGCCUUCUAUUCCCAGACAUCACAGAGAGAUCUUAAAAAUGCCCACAAACAACAUCCUGCAUGCAGACGUCUGCAUAAUCAGAGUGGUUCUGAAAUCGUCCGGGCCGAUAUUCUCGUUCCCGAAAACGUUGACCGACUUUUAAUGUAAAUUUACAUAUAAACUGCCGAGCGAAUCAAAAGCGGUGAGCGUUUUGUGGCAUUUUCAAUGGUUUCCAAUAACUUCUAAAUUGAAUGAGAAAUGAAUUCUGUGGAAAUAUCUAUUGAUCUGAAUCUUCAUCAAACCCCUUCUAAUAAAUAAGAAACCUAAAAUAAUACAUAAUCUCAGCAAAAAGAAAAAUCUGAUAACUGGCACAAUUAUUUUUAACACUUAUAUAUUCCUUUAGCACAACAAAAACCGGCUUUCGAAACACCCUGUACAAUCGCGAUUAUUUUAACUUGUAUUGUUAAGAAUCGAAAUAAUGUAGUAGCCCUUUUUUGGGCGAAAUACAGGAACUAGACCGGCGCGAGCCCCAAUAAAAAUAGAAAUAUUGAUUGAAAAAAAAAAUCAUCUUGUGCUGGUCUAGUACCGUUCAAGCCCACAUUGAAAUAAAAACAUUUUAAUAUGGGCGAAAUAUAGCUUUUUCUUCAGGAAGAAUCCCCAUACACUGAAAGGGCUGAAAACCUAAAUGUUUGUUGUUAUAGAUUUUUCAGAAAACAUACUCAGCCUAGUCUGAAAACUCCUCAAGAAAAAGCCCAUUUGUUUUGUUUUUUUUUUAUAGCCAAACCAAAUAUUGUAUUAUUGAAUUUCGAUAAAAUAAUCCUCAUCUCCAUAAUGUCAUUUGUUAAAUUUAAAGCUGUUAAGUACUGUUAAGAGUUAAUAUAAAUUGGUCGCGAUCUGUAACAUACUAUAUCAAACUGCUCACAGCGACUAGACGAAUAAUAAAAAUGUAAUUACACAAUAAUUUUAGUUGUUUU